UCAGUCAGUGAUGUUUGUGCAGCCGUCGCUCCAACAAUGCAGCUUUUAAUGGAGCUGUGAGAUGGAAACGCAGCAACACCGCCAGGCUGGCCGGGGACCGUAGCCACUCAGACUUAACACUCACACUUCUCACUAUCUCUCCGUCCACUUGGCGGAGGAAUUAGCCUCCAUUUCCAGGACGCACUUUCUGCUGGCGGUUUCUAUUUUAAGAAGAUUAAAGAGAUUUAAAAAGGUCAACAUCCUGUGGGUUUUCUGAUGGGGGAUCAGAAAAUGAGCACAUCCGAGCCGUCACAUGAUCAUCAUGUACUCCUGGCUUCAUCCAUCAAGGGACUAUCCCUUUGCAUAUGCUGAACUGUUUACUGGCAAACAUUCAGAGGAAUAGUUAAACCCCUCUCAACAGAAAAUGGCAUCAACUUUAGUUGGUUACAAUACAGAGUGCAUUUUAGAGUACAGGUGAGGCUGAGCCUCAGCCCACAUCACCUACGGGACUCUCUGUGGAGGAACUUUGCAGCAGAUGACCUUUAGAGAAGAUUUAAUGGUCUAGUUUCUGUCCCACCACCUUGCUGACAAGGUCGACCAUGGCUGCUGCUCCUUAUAGAAACAGUUCCUUAGUGGGGCGAGGAAAAGACUGACCGAUAAAUGAUGCAGCGUAACGGUGGCGGAGUGGGUGUCGGAGGCCAGACAUGGGUGCUGCGCCGGGUACGUCUCACAUGGCUCAGUUUCAUGCUCUUCUUCAUCUUGGUCUUCUUCCCUCUCAUCGCCCAUUACUACCUCACCACCAUUGAUGAAGCUGGCGGGCCCGACAAGCGCAUCUUUGGGCCCCGGCCCGGCGGGGAGCUGUGCGAAGCCAAACACGUACAGGACCUGUGCCGCAUCCGCGAGUCUGUCAGCGAGGAGCUGCUGCAGCUGGAGGCCAAGAGGCAGGAACUCAACGGCGAGAUUGCCAGGCUCAACCUCCGCAUCGAGGCCUGCAAGCGCAGCAUCGACAGCGCCAAGCAGGAUCUGCUGCAGCUGAAAAACGUCAUCAGCCAGACCGAGCAUUCCUAUAAAGAACUGAUGGCCCAGAACCAGCCCAAGCUGUCUUUGCCUGUUCGACUACUACCAGACAAAGAGGACCCAGGACUACCACCACCGAAGUCUGCGCGUUCCUGUCGUCUGCGGUCUUGCUUUGACUACGCACGUUGUCCUCUUACAUCUGGGUUUCCUGUUUAUGUCUAUGACACAAGUUCUUAUUCUUGGGGGAAUAAUCUUGACCCAUUGGUGAGGCAGGCUUUUGCAUCAUCCGUUAAAAGCAAUAUUUAUGUAACUGAAAACCCAAGUAUCGCCUGUUUAUAUUUAGUUCUGGUGGGAGAGAUACUAGAGUCCUCCCCUUUGCCGUCUCCUUCAGAACUGGAGAAGCAGCUGAAAGCUCUUCCUUACUGGAGGUCUGAUGGACACAAUCAUGUUCUGGUGCAUUUCUCCAGAAAGUCCAUGACUCAGAACUUCUUGUAUAACGUCAGCACAGGAAGGGCAGUGGUCGCCCAGUCCACCUUCCUGGAGCAGCAGUACCGUGAGGGAUUCGACCUAGUUGUGUCCCCGCUGGUCCACGCUCUGUCAGAACCCAACUUUUUGGAGGUUCCACCACAGGUUCCUGUAAAGAGGAAGUACCUUUUCACUUUCCAGGGUGAAAGGGUGGAGUCUCUAAGGAGCAGUCUCCAGGAGGCGCCCCCUCAAUCGGUUGAGGAGGAACUGGAGGGAGAUCCGCCCGCCGACUACGAUGAUCGGAUAAUUGGCACUUUAAAAGCAGUCCAGGACAGCCACCUGGAUCAGGUACUGGUGGAGUUCACAUGCAAGAACCCAAAACCCAGUUUGCCGACAGAAUGGGCUCUAUGUGGGGAGAGGGAGGACAGGCUGGAAGUGCUCAAGGCUUCUACGUUUGCUCUGGUGAUCGCUCCAGGGGACGGACAGCUGGUUGCCUCAGCAGGCUGCGGCAUGAGGCUGUUUGAGGCCUUGGAGGUAGGGGCGAUUCCUGUUGUGUUAGGGGACCACUCUAGACUACCGUACCACCAAUUUAUCCGCUGGACUGAAGCUGCCAUUAUAGUACCCAAACCCCGUGUCACAGAGCUCCACUUCUUGCUGCGCAGCCUAUCGGACAACGACAUGCUCGCCAUGAGGCGGCAGGGUCGUUUUCUCUGGGAGACGUACUUCUCAACCUCUGAGAAUGUUCUCAACACCAUCCUCGCAAGCAUACGAACUAGCAUCCAGGUUCCUGCUGCUCCAAUCAGGGACGAGCCCGCGCAUGAGAUUCCCCACAAAGCCGGGAAGCUGGCGGGAACGGACGCCAACCUGGCCGACAACGGGGAUCUGGAUCUUGGUCCCGUAGAGACGGAGCCUCCAUAUGCCUCUCCCCGCUUCCUCCGCAACUUCACAUACACGGCAGCAGACACGUACAGAGCAUGGAACAGGGCCCCGGGGCCCUUCCAUCUGUUUCCCCACACUCCUCUGGACCCGGUGUUGCCCUCAGAAGCCAAAUUCCUUGGCUCUGGAACCGGUUUCAGGCCCAUUGGUGGGGGCUCUGGAGGCUCUGGGAAGGAAUUUCAGGCUGCUCUUGGAGGAAAUGUCCCCCGGGAGCAGUUCACUGUGGUCAUGCUGACAUAUGAAAGAGAGGAAGUGCUGAUGAACUCUCUGGAGAGGCUAAAUGGGCUGCCAUACCUUAACAAGGUAGUGGUGGUGUGGAAUUCACCAAAGCCUCCUUCAGAUGACCUCCUCUGGCCAGACAUCGGCCUGCCUAUUGUGGUUGUCCGCACAGAAAAGAACAGCCUCAACAACCGCUUUCUACCCUGGGACGUCGUGGAAACCGAGGCCGUCCUCUCCAUUGAUGACGAUGCUCAUCUUCGGCACGACGAGAUCAUGUUUGGCUUCAGAGUGUGGCGUGAGGCCAGAGAUCGCAUCGUCGGUUUCCCAGGGAGGUAUCAUGCGUGGGACGUCAACCAUCAGUCCUGGCUCUACAACUCCAACUACUCUUGUGAGCUCUCCAUGGUCCUGACAGGAGCUGCUUUCUUCCAUAAGUACUACGCCUACCUGUACUCUUACGUGAUGCCCCAGGCCAUCAGGGACAUGGUGGACGAGUACAUAAACUGCGAGGACAUUGCCAUGAACUUUCUGGUGUCUCACAUAACCCGCAAACCUCCGAUCAAGGUAACUUCCCGCUGGACAUUCCGCUGCCCCGGCUGCCCUCAGGCCCUUUCACACGACGACUCGCACUUCCACGAGCGCCACAAAUGCAUCAACUUCUUUGUCAAGGUGUACGGUUACAUGCCGCUGCUAUACACGCAGUUCAGAGUGGACUCUGUGCUGUUUAAGACUCGUUUGCCCCACGAUAAGACAAAGUGCUUCAAAUUCAUCUAGCCGGGGGUCGGGCAUCUUCGCAGACGGACAGAAGGGAGAGAUUGACAGACUGAAACAUCCACUGCAAGUAGUGAUGAAGACUGACGGCUGGACUGCAGCAUAAACAAGCAGGAGGAAGCUUUUGGGCUCAGAUUUUGUGGAGGUGGAUCGAACGUUUAACCUUAACCAGCUGGAAAUUCAGAGAGUGUAGGUUGAGAGAAACCACUGCCGAGAAUUGAAGCCUUUUCAGCGGACGUCACUUCUUGUUUUUUUUACACGCCUUUUCAAUUAUGUUCAAUCAUCAACCACUAGUUACAGAAGAUAUUUGCACCUCUUACCUGCCUGCCACGGAAAAGCAGGCAGACUUACAGUGUACAGAAACUCUUCACUCCUGAUGGUGGAGCUGCAGAAGUAACGGACAGAAUUAUGGCUUCAGCUGAGAGCAAUUCAGUUGAAAACUGUUCUUCAAACUCAAGCACUGAUGAUCAAACGUAUUUUAUUGGACUGUUCUUUUUAUUUUUAUUUUUUUAAUGUUCAAAUGUGUAAAUUUACAUCUAGAGGAAACUUUGAGACCUCCCUGCCUUUUGGGAAAUCAAAAUGACAACAGCUCAGUCCAAUCAUGUCUUAGCAGCGUUGCGUCCUCCAGAGGGAAUUCACUUUAGCGGUCACCAUAAUGCCUCAAAUGUGUCAAUAAAACCAACCAUCAUGCUGUCCAACUCGAAUCAUUUUUAAUGAAGUGAUAUUAACCAAAUGGCUGAAAAUUAUCAGUAUCACAAAAAUUAACAGGCAGUUUCAGUAGAAUGUAUUAUGGAUGCAGUUGGAGGUCUAUACAACUGUAGUCAGAGAUUUAUAUACACUCAUCAGCAUAAAUCCCAUAUUAAUGGGUAAAAAUAUUACAUUUAUGUGAUUAUUAAAUGCAAUAAUUUGUUGAGCAAGUUUCAAUUUAUUUUGGAUUAUUUAUUUUUUCGUUUACACAUUAUACGUACACACACAUUUUGGGGGGUUUCUGAUUAAGUUUAUACUUUAACAACUGUCCUUUCAUCCAUCAGCAUGAUCCACACAUAACGCAGGCUGGAUGUUUGACCUCUGACCACGGUAGAAUUGGUAAAGUUCUGGUUUGAAUGUGCUGAUGUUGGACCGUGCAGUUGUUGCUUUUCAGAACCCUCUCACUUGAUGUUAAGUUGAGUUUGCUAUAGACCAUGAUGCUGACAUUCCAGCAUGAUGUUGUGUGUGAUUGAGGCUUAGUGGUUCUUGAACAUCCUUCCCAGUUUCCUUUCUUCUGAUAGUUCUGACCCAAACCGCGAAAACAUGAACACAGUUUUGUGUUUCAACCGUACAAUAAUACCAAACCAGAUCAAACAUGCUGUUGAAGGCUUGCAUUAUUUUUUCUGCCCUCUACCCUGGUUAGUGUUCCUAGGCAGACUUUGGUUUGAUUUGAGUAUUUUUUUUAGGUAUUUAUAAGUAUGGAGAAAUAAUUUUCUUUCCAGACUUUAAUCUCUAUACUAUUGUCUAAUGACAUGUUAUUUCUUCUGCCUUCAGUCCCCAGUUUGUUUUACAUGUACUUUCUUUGUCGCUUGCUCCCUCACUUUCCUGAGCACUUCGUUAUUUCCUUCCUUGAGUUAAAUUUUUCCCGUUAUUCUUUCCUGGUGGAAAAGUUUAAACUUUCACAUAGGAACUGUAUAGGAACCCUUACAAUUAAUGUGAAUAUAGUGCUUUAAGCUGUUUCAGUGAGGGGAAACAAACCAAUUAUAAAAUAAUCUCCAUUAAUUCUGCUAUGAAGAGUUGUCCAAUAUUCAGCCAGGAUCUUGUCAGAAGCUUUGGGGUGUAAAUAUAGAUAUUUAAGCUAAACUUAUGCGGCAAAUUUUUUUUUAUGCCUUACUGAAGUUGCAAGGGCAACAAGAACAUCCCUUCCAGAUGUUCAACUGCAUCAUUAAAAUAUUCAAAUUAAUGUCCAUCAUGUCCAUGAGGAGUGUAUGUAAACUUCUGACUAUAAUGUGCACUUGGGUCAUUAAAUCUGAAACUACAGGCAACAGUUUUUCUUCCUCCGUCAAAUUGUGACAAAUUUCCCCCCUACUAGCACAUUCAGAUCUCACUAAUUAAUUUUGUUUUGUCUCACGGAGGAGCAAGGGUAAUGAUCUGAGAGAAGAAAUGGUCCAAAACAACAACUCGUUGAUCUGGCCUCUAAAGAUACUUAAUGUGCUCCCGUUUUCUUUGCUACCCUUUGUGUGCUUGUACUGAGCUGGUAAAAUGAGGCCUGUUCCCAGAGUUGGGAAAGCUUGAAUGUUGAAUGUCAUCACCGUGUAGCAAGUCCUGCCUUUGCAGCACAGAUCUGGAGCACAUCUCAUGUAGAUAGUAACUUUUUACAUCUGUUCUUUUUACCUUUGCUUGAUGAAUGUUUCUUUUUAUGUUUGUUUUUCUUUAUUUGUUUUUUUUUUCUUUUGCCAAAUGGGUACGAUGUCUGCAGCAUACAUUUGCAAGGUGCUCACUAAAGGGAUGCAGAACGGUACAACCCUCAUCAAACCACUGAAGCCUAACCCAUCAUGUAUUAUAAAUCCAAAGUUUCUCGUUAUUUGACUGUCAGUUAAUUUUCUGUAAUCUUAAUAUAAAACUCGGAGGAGCAAAAAAGAAAAGAAAAUAGAAGCUCAAAUUGGUGUUCUUUCCCAGCAUUUGUACUCUGUGAGGAUGCUUUUAUGGAACUUUCACAACAUUGUGUAUAUUUAUUAAUGAUGUUAUUAAAAAGGCUGUUUUUAAACUUGAUAAGACAUACAAUAAAACCAUAAUGUUGUGGUUGCUUGUUCCUGAUCACUCAGAUCCCAACCUAAAAGAGACAUCCCAUUAAUGUUGCUGCCAAUGAAAGCCUUGUGAUGCCUCUGACUCGAGGGCCAAAUAUAUGGAAUAUAAUAUAUUGGAGUCGGUUUUUAUUAGGCGUGUUGUAAAACGACCAAAAAAUGCAUUUCCUUAUUCCCCUGCUAUUACAAGCAGCCUGGCCCUUGUUCCAGGAUAUUUGUAAUUAUCUUUCGACUCUGACCAAGUCCUAUGUGCUCAGUUUGGGUCAGCAUUUCUCCCUCCGUUUUUUUUCCCCCCUCUUCAAGCGUCAGUGGCACAACUAGUUUUCUGUGGCUUGAAGCAGAAUCAAUCUAAAAGGCUGCAGUCACCCUGCAAGGUGUAAAUAUUGAUGAAAAUAUGCACUCCUUGGUCUGGCUCCAGCCACCUGCACCGCUGCUUGUGCUGUCAGACUGAUGACAGCAUCAGACAUGCCAUUCAAAGGCCAGAUGAAUGGGAAUAAAAACUUGUCUAAUAA